AUGAAUAUUGAUACUGCGGCUCAACAGGCUUUGGAUAUUUUUUCUAUUGGAUCCGAAAGUAAUCAAUGCGGUGCUUCUAUUACAUUACAUGAUCAUUUAAAUCGUUGCCGAUCAUCAUCAGGGAAACGUUUAAUUCGUGAUUGGCUUUGUCAUCCACUGCUUUCUCUUCCUCAAAUUGAAAAGAGACUCGACGUUGUUGAAGCUCUUUGCUCAUGCCCUGCUGUACGGCAAUCUCUUCAUGAAAAUUUACUUCGGCGAAUGCCUGAUAUUGGACUUUUAACUCGAAAAUUAGAACAAGGGAAAGCAACAUUAUCAGAUUGUUAUAGACUUUAUCAAAUGGUUAUUUUAAUUAAAAGAAUCAGUCCUUUAUUGUCUUCAAUGCAAACAAGUGUAACUGAAAGGAUUUUUGCUUCAAUAAACGAAUUAAUUUUGGAGAAAGUCCAACAAAGCAUUGUUGAUUUACGCCGAUUUGCUCAAUUAAUUGAAAAUACACUCGAUUUCGAUUAUUUUGAACAAAAUGGCCAACACAGAAUUCAGCCAAAUAUUGAUCCAAAAUUGCAAGAGAUUAGCAAGAAAAUUGAUGGAAUGAAUGAUGAAGCACAAAAUUUGCGUAGAAAAAUGGCAGAUAAUGCAAAAUGUGAAGUAAAACUGGAAUCUAACUCAGAAUUAGGAUUUUUCUUGCGAGUCACGUUGAAAUCAGAAGGUUCACUUCGUUCUGUCAAUGGCAUUCGUGUUAUCGACAGCACUAAGGGAGGAGGAGUUCGUUUUUCUACCUCUAAACUCGAUCAACUUAAUACACAAUAUUUGGAAUUGCUCUCUUCUUAUGAAUCAAGUCAACAAGAACUGACGAAAAUUGUUAUUUCGACUUGCGCGGGUUAUAUACCGGCACUUAAAUUAUUUGAUGACUGUAUUGGUGUUCUUGAUGUUUUAACUGCAUUUUCAAUAGUAACUGCUACCUCGGCAACUCCUUAUGUUCGACCAAAAAUUCUUGAAAAAGGAACGGGUGUGCUAGAUUUACGUAGCUGUCGACAUCCUACAGUUGAACGGCUCCCAAAUAUGCAUUAUAUACCUAAUGAUGUCCAACUUGGUCAAAAUAAUGAUGGACAAAAUUCUGCCAGUUUUAUGAUUCUUACAGGAGCAAAUAUGGGAGGAAAAAGUACUUAUUUGAAGGCUGCAGCAUUGACAAUUUUUCUAGGUCAAAUUGGGUGUUUUGUGCCUUGUGAGAUGGCUAGUUUUUCAAUUGUCGAUGGAAUUUUUACAAGAUUUAUGGCAGAAAUGAUGGAUUGUGCAACGAUUUUGGAACGAGCAACACCAAAUUCUCUUAUAUUAAUAGAUGAACUUGGACGAGGUACAAGUACUUAUGAUGGCUUUGGAUUGGCAUGGGCAAUUUCUGAGGAUAUAAUUUGUCGUUUAAAUUGCUUUACUUUAUUUGCAACUCAUUUUCACGAAAUCUCAAAACUGGAAAAACGCUAUCCUGAAAAAGUAAAAAAUUGUCGAAUGGACACAUUUGUUGAGGAUGGAAAAUUGGUUAUUUUAUUUCAAGUAAUGCAAGGAGUUGCACAAAAAUCGUUUGGAUUAAGUAUUGCUCAAAUUGUUGGUUUUUCAAAAGAAAUUUUGGAUGAUGCGGAAAAUAUAUUAAUUGAAUUGGAAGGGAAAUGUAUGGCAGAAAAUUCUGAAGGAUAA